AUGAAGAGCGGUUUCACCAAUCCUAGGUUCUUCCUUGCAAUGGCAGCCUUGUUUGCCAUGGCUGCUGCAUUGGCCCAUGCUCAGGGUACUCGAGUUGGGUUCUACGCAAGAACAUGCCCUCGAGCUGAAUCCAUUGUUAGGUCAACGGUUCAAUCCCAUUUCCGUUCUAAUCCAGCCGUUGCACCCGGUCUGCUUAGGAUACACUUCCACGACUGCUUUGUCCAAGGAUGUGACGCCUCCAUCCUCAUCGAUGGCCCUAACACCGAGAAAACCGCCCCUCCUAACAGACUGCUUAGAGGCUACGAAGCUAUCGACGAUGCCAAAACUCAGCUCGAAGCUGCAUGCCCCGGCGUCGUUUCAUGCGCCGAUAUUCUUUCUCUCGCAGCUCGUGACUCCGUCUUUCUGACGAGAGGAAUUAACUGGCCGGUGCCUACAGGACGCAGAGAUGGGAGGGUUUCAUUGGCAUCGGAUACUUCCAAUUUGCCUGGAUUUACAGAGUCCAUUGAUUCUCAGAAGCAAAAGUUCGCUGCCUUCGGUCUCAACACUCAAGACCUUGUUGCCCUUGUUGGCGCACACACUAUAGGGACUUCGGCUUGCCAGUUAUUCAGCUACAGGUUAUACAACUUCACCAACGGCGGUCCCGACCCCACAAUCAACCCGGCAUUUGUUCCUCAACUGCAAGCUCUUUGCCCCCAAAAUGGUGACGGCUCAAGGCGCAUUGAUUUGGACACGGGUAGUGGAAACAGGUUUGGCACGUCGUUCUUUGCCAACUUGAGGAAAACAUCCCACCAUGAAUAAGAGAGACAACAAAUG